UCCCAGCCUAUCCAGGCCAGGCAUUCAUUGCCAGGUCAAACGCAGAAGAAUUUCCUAGAUUUGUCUCCCUUCCAUGACAGUCUACCGAGUCCGAUUCGCCUCAACAGGCGAACUUUGCCGCAAUACUGUCAGGUCCAAGUCGGUCAUCGGAUCCCGUCCCCCAAAUACACCAGAGUCCUUACCCACGCGACAGAGGAGCCGCUCGGGCUGCCGCGAAUGUCGACAACGAAAGGUCAAGUGCGAUGAGACGUUUCCUGUGUGUCAGCGCUGCCAGCGGCGAGGGUCCGUCUGUCAGCCCACCCUACGCACCGCUCAAUGGCAGGUCGAAGUUCCGUGGCUGGCGGAUUCCCCCGUGAAAACCAUCUCUCUUGCGCCAAUCGCAGACUCCAAUGUUGAUCCGCGGCUAAUGCGCUACUGGCUUGAGGCGACGAGUCAGAUGCUGUCUGUCGAUUCCAGCAACAACCCUUUUUCAUUCCCAAUCCUCAAAUAUGUGGCGGGCUCUCCAUCUCUGGCCCACUUUCUUCAGUCUGCAAGUGCAGCACAGGAAGCAUAUUUCUACCAGCCUGAAAUGUCUGUGAGCCUGGCCAAACGAGGUGAGGCACUUUCAGCGUUGCGACAGGAACUCCAAACCCGCAGCAGCUCCUUAUCACAGUGCUUUCUUACCCUCCUGAUGCUUGGCAUGUCCUCGUCAUGGAUGGCAAUGGGUCCCACGGACUAUGGCAGGGAGCACCUUCUCGCGGCACCAGCGGUAGCGGACAUGAUCUUGAAGCAGAGGGAUGCGAACAACGAGGAGUUAGAUCACCUCACCAUGGGAAUUUAUGUCUACUGGGAUAUGGCUUGUUCCUUUUGUUUGGACCCCAUAGAUCAUCCCAUUGAACGAGACAGCUCACUUGAGACAUACGUGAAGCAAGCUCGCCAUACGUUCCACCCUAUCACCACUCACUCGAUAGACCUCUAUCAUCUCCUCGGACAGGUUGGUCGGUACUGCCGAGUGAUCGUGGAUGGAGGUGGUCGUGACCUCGUCUUUGAAGUAUAUUCCGAGCUGAGUUUGAACGAAUACGAAUCCAUUGAAACCGACGCGAUGGCCAAGUCACUCACGGAAGCCUUCCGCAAACAUGGUCUUCUCCUGCUGUACCGCUUUUGUGGAACCCCUGGGGUCUGUCAACCUAGCAGCCGCAAACUGGCGGAGACAGAAAACUACAUACACCAGCUCGCACUUGAGAUCGUUGAACUUGUAUUGCAAAUCAAGUCUAGUUCACCUUAUGUGAACAUCCAAGCUGUACCACUGUUGAGUGCUGGUGCAGAAAUGACAUCACUUGACACCUUUCAGCGCAAUCAGAUUAGGCAAAGGCUCAAAGAGGUAUACUCGACGAAUCGCUUAGUGCCCACACUGUGGGUUCUCAAGCUCCUGGAAGAGUUAUGGGGAGUUCACGAUGCUGGAAUGACACAUAUCACAUGGCUGGAGUUAAUGUUGAACAAGAACUGGAGGUUAAGGGUGGGCUAAAAUAUGUGCAGAAACCUUUGAAUCAUAACAAUAAUAUUGACACUAAUAAUCCCUGGUCCGUGUUGUCCUAAACGAGCACGGAGUAAUA